AUGGAUAGUCAUUCCAGUAUAACUUCCGUGACUCCAACAGACGAAACAAAUAAACAUUUAUCUCAUAUUGAAGAAAUAAACAAUUUAAAUACAUCAGCAACAUCAUACAAUGGUGAUAAUAAUGAUGAUCAAAUUCCAACAACUUCAUUAUCUUCUCAUAUAAUACCGACGACGGAUGACGACCACAAUCGUUUUAAUUCUUCUCAACAAGGAAUUGUUGAAUCGAGUCCCGGAACGAUGAAUAAUCAUAUUGAUGAUAAAGCAGAACAAGAUUUUAUGCAUAAAGUAGAGUAUUUUAAAGGAAUUAUAAAUAAGCAUCAAGAAGACGACGACGACGACGACAUACCUGAUCAAUCUUAUAUUCAACAAAUCGAUGAAGAAGAUACAAAAUCUCUUAUACAACACACAAAUAAUCAAAAUGAAGUAACAAGUGAUUUUACGCAGAAUACAGUGUCUGAUGUUAAUACUUUUGAACCAUCGCCACCACCGAUAUCAACAAUUACAACCGAACAGACAAAUGGAGAAGAAAUUAGUAUAGCGGAAGCGAACACAGAUGAACAAAAACAUCAGCAACAAGAGGAGAGAACACUAUUUGAACCAGAAAAAGGUAAAUAA